GGGGAAGUCUGGCGGCGUUUCCGGUUCCGGUUCGUGGCCCGGGCUCAUGGCGCGGCGGCGGAAGGCGGUGGCCGCGCUCGUCGGGCCGGCCUCCUCCUCGGAGGACGAGGCCCCGGAGGAGGUGUCCUUCGGUGCGGCUAGGGAGGCGGCCGAGGCCGAGCGGAAGCUCGUGGGGGAGGCAGCGCGCAGGCACCGGGAGCUCCUGAAGGAGAAGCGGCGGCGGCGACAGGAGCUCUUUGCUGAGCAGAAGAGACAGAAGCUGCUCCCCGAGGCUGUGCUGCAGGAGCUCACCGCCACCUCACCUGCACGAGCUGAUGCGGAGACUGCAGCAGCAACCCAAGUUAAAAAGCGUGGAGAUGGGGCUGCAAAGCUGAGACAAGGCCAAGUCCAAAGACGGGUGAAGACAGACAAGCAAAAAAAGGGUCCCAGGUCAAAAGGAAAGUAUAUGGCUGUGCGCUUAAAAGAUCAGUGUUUAACAGGCCUCCACCAACAGCUCGCCAAAGACUUUUUAAAUGCUCAGCUCUAUGGACCAGAUGUCAAGCGGGCACAGGCAAAUGAAUUUUUCUCCCUUGAAAAUAAGAAAAACCCAGUUAAAAAAGCAGCCGUUCAGUUUGUGGACAAAUCUUGGGGGCAAGAAAAAAAGGAAAAAGCAGCGAGAUUUAAAAAACGUUGGCUUGCAACACAAAUUAAAAAUAGAGUAUGAAGACAUUUUUUUCAGAAGAUGCAAUUAAGGACUUUUGGUGGGUCUUCUCCCCUCGUUUCUCCAUAAUCACUCCUCUUCCAGCUCCAGCUAGCAGGCACUAACAGUCAGAAAGCUGUGCCUGAGCAGACCAGGAAGCUGGGCCAAGGCUGUGAGGGUGGAGCCUGGAUCCUGAUGUAGAACACCUGGUGUUAGAACCAGGCUCGGAGACCUGGGCACUGCUACACAAGGCAGCUCCUUUGAGAGAGAAUAAAGCUGAAUGAUUUUGUACUUGCUGCCUGGAUGCUGCAUUUCUUACAGCAAUGAGUCAUUCCUGCUUUUUCUGUUGUUUCAUCUCUAAAGAAAGGCUGCAAUCAAGUGUCAGAAUCACAAAGUUGGCUCACACAGCAGGGAUACUUCUUGUCCAGCCUGAUUUCAAGGAAUGAGGAGUUUCCCCUGUCCUCAGGGAACACUGAAGUUCCAUGCAGUGCCUUGUCUGAGCCUUGCUUCACAGCAAGAACA